CUAUAUAAACCCCCUUCUUCUCAACUUGUUGCCACACCCACAUUUUAUUUCGAUUUUUUCUCCUUCCUUUCUUAUUUGCUUUCUGUUAUCUCUUGUGUGUUACGCUGCUUCUUUGCAAUCCAAAAUGACUAUUUUCAUUGAGCAACCUAUCUUCGAUUCACAAUUUGACGUGAAGAAUGUGGACUCUAACGAAACCAACGAGCUUGUGUUGGAUGGUGGAUUUUCAAUGCCAAAGGAGGUGUCUCAGAAUGGAUUCGCAACCCCAGAAGUGAAUUCAUUUGGCCAUUCCUUCAGGGAUUAUAAUGCUGAAAGUGAAAGGCAAAAGGGUGUGGAGGAAUUUUAUAGAUUGCAGCACAUCAACCAGACGUAUGACUUUGUGAAGAAAAUGAGGGAGCACUACGGAAAAUUGGACAAGGCUGAAAUGGGCAUAUGGGAAUGUUGUGAGUUGCUUAAUGAAGUGGUAGAUGAGAGUGAUCCUGAUUUGGAUGAACCUCAAAUUCAACAUUUACUUCAAUCUGCUGAAGCUAUUAGAAAAGAUUAUCCUAAUGAGGAUUGGUUACAUUUGACUGCUCUCAUUCAUGAUCUUGGAAAGAUUCUUCUACUUCCUCAAUUUGGUGAGCUUCCUCAAUGGGCGGUUGUUGGAGAUACAUUUCCGGUUGGUUGUGCCUUCGAUGAAGCAAACAUUCACCACAAGUAUUUCAAAGAAAACCCUGAUAUAAAAAAUCCUGCAUAUGGCACAAAGGAUGGAAUCUACAUUAAAGAAUGUGGACUGAAUAAUGUAAUGAUGUCAUGGGGACACGAUGAUUAUAUGUAUUUG